AUGCCCAAGCCCAACAUGCCCAUGCCCAUGCCCAUGCCCCUGGCCACCCCACAACAUUCACCCCAAUCCCCCACUCACCCCAUCUACUGUGGUGCAAGCAGCAGUGGCAGCGGCAGAAGCAGCGUUGGCAGACGCGGAGGCAGCAAGGCGGGCGCGCUCCGUGACCUUGCGCAAGCCCAACAUGCCCAUGCCCAUGCCCAUGCCCAUGCCCAUGCCCAUGCCUAUGCCCAUGCCCAUGCCCAUGCCCAUGCCCAUGCCCAUGCCCAUGCCCAUGCCCAUGCCCAUGCCCAUGCCCAUGCCCAUGCCCAUGCCCAUGCCCAUGUCCAUGCCCCCACCUGGCCCACACCAUAA